GUCAAAUAGACAAUUUUAAUAUUUUAAAUUAUUACAUGACUUUUUGAAUAAAAUCUAAUAAAAGUGAUCGAUAAUGUCGCCGCAAACGCUGAAAUUGCUGAUGAUGUUCUUUCUCGCAGCUGCGCUCUUGAAUUUGACCAAUUAUGUCUUUUAUUGGUUUUACGAUCCACCGUCACAUAAAGCUGUGAAGGUCAACUUACACAUAAAACUGCCAAAGACGAGACACUUCAUUAUGAAAAAGCGCAUAACUCGCACUAUCGAUUGGAUGGCAUCUCUUAUAUGUAAUAACAACACGAACAACGCAAGCACAGAUAAGUUCUCGCCGACUGAAGAAGCGCCAGAUCAUCCAGCCACAGCACCCCCGGCAGAUUACCGGGAGCAGAGCUCUGAAACCAAUUCAUUUUACUAUUAUAACGGCAUACGAAUGGGUCCGGUCGUCUGUCCCAAGACGCCGCCUGGCUUAGGCCCUGUGGAUGCUAAUGAAAAGAUCGAUUUCAGUGUUAUAGAGAAUUUGUACUCUUUACUUCAGUCCGGUGGUAUUUAUGAAGAGACUUCGUGCACACCCCGACAAACCGUUGCUAUCAUUGUGCCAUACAGAGACCACACGAAUCAAAUUACCGAAUUCCUUUAUUCGCUACAUCCAAUAUUGAUCAAGCAGCAGUUGGAAUACCAAAUAUUUUUAAUUGAACAAGAAAACAAGACUCAGCCUUUGAACAGAGGAAAGCUUUUCAAUGUGGGCUUCACCGAGGCUCAGAAAAUGAAGAAGAACGGUGGCUGGCGGUGUAUAGUUUUUCACCAUUUCGACUUGGUGCCCCUGGACACGCGCAACCUCUACCGUUGCUCGGACCAACCGCGUCAGCUGGUUCUCUCGCUUAAUACGAAUCAGUCAUAUGAAUUUCAAUUUGGAGGAGCUUUAGCCAUCAAACCUCAUCAGUUUUUGAAAAUCAAUGGAUUUUCUAAUCUGUACAUUGGAAACGAUGCUGUGUAUGAUGAUUUGACAGCAAGAUUGACCAGCGCUAAUUUCACAAUAGCUAAAAGUGAAGCUGCUAUUGCUACAUACAAGCUUUUACCGUCAAUAAAUAACAGCGAAGAUAAUGUCAAUAGCAACCAGUCUCAAAAAAUCCAAACUUCUUCUCCGCUAAAUCUGCUCGAUGGACUUUCGACACUUACAUAUACCAUCAGUAAUUUAGACCUGAAGUCAUUGUACACUUUGAUAGAAGUUGAUCUAGACACGGAGUCCAGGAGUCAUGGACCUGGAACAGUUAGCGAAAAACUUUGGGACAAACUUCUCAACCACGCUACCAGCACAGCUAGUAAACGAACGUCAAACUUGUAAUCUACCUAGAUAGAAAAUUAUAAAUUGCUAUGCAUCAACUUUUGUUUUAUAAAUUAGGUAGGUACCUAAACCUUUGAAAUAAAAACAUAGAUAUUAUUAUAAAGGUAGGUAGACAAGUAUGUCAACGAAGAAUAUAGUGGAUGAAGGCCAUUAUAAUAUACAGGAUUAUAGGGAAAGGCGACCUAGAUAUAUAAGGACAUUAUUAUUUAGAUCAUUGCUGAUAGAUUUGAAUCAAGGACCACAGCUCGCUCUGUGUAUCCGUGCCGGCUCUAUCUUAAAUACGACUCUGGCUACUGCCCUGCGACCGAUGCAUGCAACAUCUUCCUCCUCUGCAAUGGUAUGGUUGGAUUCUGGCCAAGCGACAGUUUAUCCUUUCUAGCCUUUGAGUAAGAAUAACGGGAGACGCCAUUACAGGCAUUUCCCUCUGUCCAAAGGUACAAGAAAAUUGAUCUAGUACGUUUAUAAAAACUACACUCGCAAGCAAAAGUCUGGAAUCACUAACUUGAAAUUGGUUCCACGCGAUCUUAUAUACUAUAUAUUUUUUUAAUAAAAUUAACAUCAUUUUAAAGGUUCCACCCCUAACUUUAACUGAUACCGAAUUCAUUAAAAUCAAGCCAGUAUAGAAGCUAUCCUGGAUGAAGUGAAGGAAUAACGAAAAAGACUUUUUUCAAUUGUUUGAUAAGUCGCAAGUUGUGACCUAUUGACCCCCUAUAAAAGCACCUGUUAUUGGUUUUUCACACAUCUCCGCUACUUUUGAUCCUUUAACUUGUAUGACAAUGGAGAGAACACCUACAGAAGCAGCACAAAUCGUGACCCUAUUGCAAGAAGAGCUCAGCCAGCGGGUUGUCGUUCGUCGGCUCCACAUAAGCCAGUCCUGUGUUUCGAAAGUUUACAAGCGUAUUUCUUCGUAAACCUCAAAAACACACGGACACAAAGCGGCGGCCUCCAUAAGUUCAGACGCGGAACGAUAAGUAGUUGUUUUUACCAUUGCCGACGUGUACAAAUCAGCGUUUAAUGUAGUUGUAGGGGUCUCUGCGCUCGUCACAUUGUAUACAGUUGUAACUCCUCCCAAUGCGCUAUCACAUACUCGACUAUAGCAAGUCUAAUCUCAUACGACGACUUAUUAUUCCCAUACAUAGAAAAAGACAAAGAAUGAAAUAAACACGAACCAUCGCCAGGUAUUGGGACAACCCAGAACCCGAAAAGGAUAGUACGGCCAUACCGAAAUUUUACAAACAAGUAAUAACGUGUAAAAAAAGUGUAAAAAUAAAUUGCACCAAGGGAAUCAACUGAAUAAUCUGAAUCUCAAGAUUCUGUUACCGUUAGGUAUAUAACUUCCUCGGUUAUAAUAACUUUUACUUGCUUACUGAUUCGUUCUUAUAUAGUAGAUAAUUAAUUAUAAUGUAAAACGUGAGAACUUUUAUUGUACUGCUGGUUACAUCAUAUUAGCUUAUCAAAAAAA